AUGUUACUUUGUAUCACAAAAUGUAAUGAUCAGAACUGGGUUGAAGAAAACAAAACCUCUGAAACUUUAAAUUAUAUUUUAUCUAGAUGUGGUCUUGGUUACAUUACUGUUGAUUUUCCUCCCAAACAUCAGAAUGAAAAAAGAGAAGAUUUGGAUUCACAAACUAAGCUUCCAGUAUCCUAUUUCAGAGGUUUUGUCGCCCCUGAUACUUCUUCUAGUUUUGAAACACCAGUUGUUAAAAAGUGCAAGUCGUUGGAAAGAAGAAUAAUUAAAUUAUUAGAUAUAGAGAUCAUUCUAUAUCUCAUGAUCCACCCAAAAAGCAACAACAACAGCAGCAGCAGCAGUAGUAGUCGUAGAGAUAAUAUAACAAUGGCGAUCAUCAAUAGAAUGGUGCUGCUACUAUUGCUGAUCAGCACUACGAUUAUACUUCAGUUUGUAAGCCUUACCAAUGCAUUGUUACCAGAUUCAGAAUUGGAAUCUAUUCGAUUUAUGAUACUUCAAUAUGGACAAGUUCACUUACCUCUUGAUCAAACUAUUUGUAACGGAACAUUCUAUCCCGAUAUCAUCUGUAUCAAAGAUUCAAAUGGUAUAGAUCAUUUACGAUCUAUCGAUAUUCGUAAACCAUUUGUAGAUAUGAAUCUCUAUCCAAACGCUAGUCUUGCUCGUUUAAAUCAUCCAAUGCUAGAGUUUAUUGCAAUCAAUUCAAUAGGUGGUGUAAAGAAUUCGAGUAUCAACAUUCUUUCAAAAACAUCAAAUCUUCCUGUAAUGUCUAGUAUCACAUCAUUUGAUGAUCCAUCCAUUAACAAUAUUCCUGAUGAUUUUCCAACUGGUUUACCUAUACUUAGAGACAUUACUAUUCUUUCACAAAACGUUCUAUCAAGUAACACAUUUUUCAAUAAUACCAAAGCCAGAAUUGAAUUACGUUCCACGACAUUUAACCAUGUUGUUAUUGAUGAAACUCUCUCAUUGCCAAGAGUUUCAAAUCUUGAUUUCAGGAUUGAAAAUCCUGAAACACCACUUUCAUUGGUCUUUGGAUCAAAAUCUUUUCCAGAAUUAAAUAUCUUAAAAGUGACAUAUCAUUCUGAUAUUCCUUUAAAUCUUUUAGUUGAUUGUCAUGUAAUCACAUUAGUAUUAGCAAGUACUAUACAAGGAGGAGUAAUUAAUUUAGAUUUUAGACCAAACAAUGAUAUUAAAACUGUGUCCUUUAAUGGUAAUAUCUCAUUUACAAAUGGAUUUGAUUCAAAUUUAGAAUCAUUGAAAGAUAUUCAAUUAAUUCUUAGUUAUCUAGAUACCUACCCAUUUACCUCAUUCCCCCCAAAUUUAAAAACCUUUUCAUCAACAUUGUCUAAAAUGUCGUCGGUUCCUUUGAUUCCAUUGCCCGAGUCAUUGGAGAGCUUUGCUUUGACUAGUAAUUCACAACUCUCAGGUACAUUGCCUCUAGAUUUAUUUGCAAAUGUCAUGCCACUAUUCGAGUUGGAUCUACAUGAUAACCCUCAACUCUCAAUUGGAGAUAUCCCAGAGAAAUGGUGUGAGUUUGGGUCUAUCAAUAUUGAAGACACUACAGGAUUAGGCAUUGUACCUGAUUGUUUCUAUUGUUAUGCCAAUGUUUCAUAUCCAAAAAUUAAAAUGCCAACAUCAAUGUCAAUUCCACAAAAUUUUGUUUGUCAUAUAACAAUUGAUAAAUAUAAUUUAACAUCUAUUUUAGGAUCAUAUGUAGUGACUGGUAAUAAUCUUGGAUGGUUAUAUACGAUAAAGGAUUCAAAGGUUUAUAUACCAAACAAACAAGUUGCCUUUUCACAAAUUUAUACACCAGGGCCACCAUCUCUUGUCAACAUUUCAUUCAAUCCCAAUAAUGGAUACAAUUUUACAUUCUCAGUUUUAGAGAUUGGCUUUUUGGUGGAUAAUUCAAAGGUGAAUUUAAAGAAUACAGGUGAUCACCAAUUGGUUGUUCAAAUGCACCUCUUUAACAAUUAUCUAGUUCACAAAAUACAAUUGACCGACAAGAAUAUCUCUUGUCCAGUUAUAAGUCAAACAUCCAAAAGUAUAAUUUGUUCAAUUCCAAAAUCAAUUCGACUCUCUCCUUCAUUUACUUAUUAUGUUUAUAAUGAUAAUGGUUGGAAUGAACAAAGAACUCAUAUUUUUGAUUACCCAUUAGUAUCAUCAGUUGGAUAUAAUAGUACAAGUAGAUCAUUAGUAUUAUAUGGUAAUUAUGGAAAUCCAGUUAAUAAUCCUGUUAUUGUUACAGUGGCAGAUACUAUCAAUUGUAGUACAACUAGUGUAUCUAGUACUAUGAUUAGAUGUACUCUUGCUUCUAUUCCUCCAGUUGGUCAAGCCAACCUUUUUGUCAGUGUCAAUGGAUCCGAGUUCAUGUCAACUACUUUAUUAUAUUUUGAUCCAAAUAAUAAUAAUAAUAAUAAUGGUUCAACUACAACAACUACAACUACAACAACGACUACGACAACUACAACGGGAGGAAAUGGAGAUACACCUCAACAAACAUGUCAAAAACAAACAUACAAUUGUUAUGGACACGGUUAUUGUGAUAUUAAUGGAAAGUGCCAAUGUGAUGAUACUUUUAAUCAAAUUGAUAAUUGUUUAACAAAAUAUAUAAAUACAAAUAUAACACCAAAUGCAACCAAUCCAACAGUAUCAUUUGAUAUUGAUGGAAUCGAAUUUUAUUUUGAAAUUUAUUCCAUUCAAGAAUUAAAUUAUGAUGGACAAUUAUUAAAAGAGUUGGUGUUGGUACAACAACCUUGGAAUGUUACUCUUGAACAUGUUAAUAGUACAACUUUUGCAACUUAUACACUCAACAAUAGUAUGGUCUCGAUCAAUGAUGCAUCGUAUCACCAACUUUUGGUUAUGUCAAAUAUUUCAUUCUCUUCGAUCCCUAGAAAUGUCAGUUUUGGAACUCGUCAAUUAUCAUUGGCACCGAAUGCCAUAAAGGUUGGAUUUACAAUUGCUCAGUGGCCCUAUUCAUCCAAUCUGGCAACACUAAGAGUAGUAUUUAAAUCGAUCAUUAAUAAUGACCAAUCAGUCUCUUUUGGAUGUGAAGAACAAUCGGUAGACAGCUUCACAAAGGCUGCUGAUUCAUCUUCAUCUACGAUUCAAUAUCUCAGAGUCAUCAAAGACAACAUUCAAUUCAAUGGUCGGUUUAUUGAUUUUGUUUUAUCAGAUGGCAGAGAAACCUAUUCAAAAACAGAAUUAAUAUCAUUGACAGAGAUUGAUGAUGGUUCACACACUUCGGUUGCACUGAUUGGUAUCAAUCUACCUCAAUGUUCUGUAUCCCAACUAGACCCAGAUUUUACUCCACUCGUCGUUGACUCUGGGUCGGUCCACCCAGACUGUCAAAAGUCAAACACUUGGAGAAUCAUUGUUGGUGUGGUUGUCGGAGUCAUUGGUUUGGCAAGCGUCGUGGCAGCAACUACAAUCCUACUUCGCAAAAAAGCAAAAGCAAGAAUCUAUCGACACAAACUAUCUAGAUUAUCAGAACAAAAUAAACAUCAUGACAACUAA